GCAUGGAAGGAGGGGAGGGGAAAGGCCGUUACGUUGCGGGCAACGGCCAGGGCAGUGAAGCGGCAGUCAGUGUUGGUGCCGGAGGCUUCCGCGUUCACUGUUAGGGCUGGUGCGCCGCGUCAGGACGAAGGGCGGCUUCUGUCAGGCUCCGUCCGUUACGGUGGGGAGGGGAGAGCGGGGCAUGAAGCUGUGAGGGGCCGCGAGCCGAAGGGAGCGGGGAAGGAGAGCGGCCGCAGGCAGGCGAGAGGAAGAGGAGGAGGAGGCGCGGAGCGAUGUCUCAGCCGCCUCAGCAACAUCCGCCUCAGCAGGAGCAGCAGCCGGUGGCCGCGCCGGUCUCGAAGAAGAGGGACCGGAGGAUCUUCUCGGGGACUUGCCCGGAUCCCAAGUGCCAGGCGCGGCUGUUCUUCCCGGCGCACGGGCCUCUGAGCAGCGGGAGCAUCGAGUGCACGGACUGCGGGCAGCGCCAUGAACAGCGGCAACUGCUGGCGGUGGAGGAGGUGACGGACCCGGACUUGGUGCUGCACAACUUGCUGCGGAACGCGCUGCUGGGGGUGAGCGGGGCGGGGCCCCCCAGGAAGAACACCGAGUUGGUGAAAGUCAUGGGCCUGUCCAACUACCACUGCAAGCUGCUGUCUCCCAUCUUGGCCCGCUAUGGCAUGGACAAGCAGACGGGCAAGGCCAAGCUCCUGACCGAGAUGAACCAGGGGGAUAUCUUUGACUGCGCUCUUCUGGGCGACCGUGCCUUCCUCAUUGAGCCUGAGCAUGUCGACACGGUAGGGUAUGGCAAAGACCGCUCCGGCAGCCUUCUCUACUUGCACGACACCUUGGAGGAUAUCAAGAAGGCCAACAACAGCCAGGAGUGCCUCAUCCCGGUCCACGUGGAUGGGGAUGGCCAUUGCUUGGUGCACGCAAUCUCCCGGGCGCUGGUGGGCAGGGAGCUGUUCUGGCACGCUUUGCGGGAGAAUCUCAAGAAGCACUUUAGGGAGAAUCUCAGCCGCUACAAAGCUCUCUUUCAUGACUUCAUUGAUGCGGCAGAAUGGGAAGACAUCAUAAACGAAUGUGAUCCUUUGUUUGUUCCCCCAGAGGGUGUACCAAUGGGCCUUCGAAACAUCCACAUAUUUGGAUUGGCCAAUGUGCUGCACCGGCCCAUCAUCCUCUUGGAUUCCCUGAGCGGAAUGCGUAGUUCAGGAGACUACUCUGCCACUUUUCUACCUGGAUUGAUACCAGAAGAAAAAUGCAUGGGAAAAGAUGGCAUGUUGAACAAACCUCUCUGUAUUGCCUGGAGUAGUUCUGGCCGUAACCAUUAUAUUCCUCUGGUUGGGAUAAAAGGUGCUGCUUUGCCUCAAUUGCCUAUGAAAUUACUUCCUAAAGCUUGGGGAGUACCUCAGGACCUUAUUAAAAAAUACAUCAAAUUGGAAGAUGAUGGUAGUUGUGUGAUUGGGGGUGACAGAAGUUUGCAAGACAAAUAUUUGAUGAGGUUGGUUGCUGCCAUGGAAGAGGUUUUCAUGGAUAAGCAUGGCAUUCAUCCCAGUUUAGUAGCUGAUGUACAUCAGUAUUUCUAUAGAAGGACUGGUGUAAUAGGAGUUCAGCCUGAAGAUGUCACAGCAGCUGCUAAAAAGGCAGUGGUGGACAACCGCCUUCACAAGUGUCUCAUUUGUGGUGCCCUUUCAGAACUUCAUGUUGCUCCUGAGUGGUUGGCUCCCGGAGGGAAGCUGUAUAAUUUGGCAAAAAGUACCCAUGGCCAGCUAAGGCCUGAUAAAAAUUAUAGUUUCCCUCUUAACAAUUUGGUAUGUGCCUAUAAUCCAGUUAAGGAUGUACUUGUACCUGAUUAUAACUUGAGUAAUUUGACUGUCUGUAACUGGUGCCAUGGAACAUUGGUGCGUCGUGUCAGAAAUGAUGGUUCUGUUGUGUAUUUGGAUGGGGACAGAACUAAUACCAGAUCGACAGGUGGUAAAUGUGGUUGUGGAUUCAAGCAUUAUUGGGAAGAUAAGGAGUAUGACAAUCUCCCUGAAGCUUUCCCAAUUACUCUAGAGUGGGGUGGGAGAGUGGUGAGAGAGACGGUAUACUGGUUUCAGUAUGAAAGUGAUCCUUCUCUAAACAGCAAUGUGUAUGAUGUUGCAAUGAAACUUGUUACCAAGCAUUUUCCUGGAGAAUUUGGCAGUGAGAUUCUUGUCCAGAAAGUUGUCAAUACCAUUCUACAUCAAACAGCCAAAAAGAACCCUGAUGAUUAUACGCCUGUAAACAUUGAUGGGGCUCAUGCCCGAAGAGUUGAUGAUGUGCAGCAAGGACAAGACUUGGAAUCUCAACUUCCAACCAAAAUAAUUCUUACUGGUCAGAAAACAAAAACAUUGCACAGGGAAGAGCUAAAUAUGAGUAAAACUGAAAGAACUAUUCAGCAAAACAUUGCAGAACAGGCACCUAUAAUGCAGAAACGCAAAACAGAAAAAUUGAAACAAGCACAAAAAGUGCCACCUAGAACAUCUUCCCCAGGUGCUGUUCCUGAUGGGCCAUCUUCUGCACCUGCUACACCUACAAAGACUCCUUAUUCCCCAACAUCUACAAAAGAGAAGAAAAUACGCAUAACAACAAAUGAUGGGCGGCAGGCCAUGCUCACUUUGAAAUCCACAACCACAUUUCUAGAACUGCAAGAAAGCAUCGCUAGAGAAUUUAAUAUUCCUCCCCAUUUGCAAUGUAUUCGAGUUGGCUUUCCUCCCAAAGAGCUUUUGCCACCCAAAGAAGGGCAGGAAAAUGAACCUGUUCCUCUACUGCAUGGUGACAGAGUAACUAUAGAGAUUCUCAAAGGCAAGGAGGAGAGCAGCCUGACCGCUUCAGUUCACUCGGCCCAUGCUGUGAAACUUGAUGAUGUUGCUGUUACUAGUAAAAUUGCUUCCAAGGAAAUCCAAGAACAAAUCGACAAGGAAAUGUACUCUCUGUGUCUUCUAGCAACAUUUAUGGGAGAAGAUGUCUGGUCUUAUGCAAAAGGACUUCCUCACUUGUUCCAUCAGGGUGGUGUGUUCUACAAUAUAAUGAAGAAAACAAUGGGUCUGGCUGAUGGUAGGCAUUGUACUUUUCCACACUUGCCUGGUAAGACCUUUGUGUACAAUGCAGCAGAAGAUAGAGUGGAACUUUGUGUGGAUGUUGCUGGGCAUUUUCCUGUGGGCGCCGAUGUUGAAGACUUGGUUAAGGAGGCCCUAAGCCAAGUGCGAGCAGAAGCUUCUUCAAGAAGCCGGGAAGCAAGUCCUUCACAUGGACUCCUAAAGUUAGGUAGCGGUGGCGUAGUUAAAAAGAAGUCAGAGCAACUUCACAAUAUAACAGUGUUUCAAGGGAAAGGCCAUUCAUUAGGAAGUGCAGCUGGUAGCCAAUCACUUCAUCAAAGAGCUAGGGAAGCUCCACUGUUAAGAAAGCAAAGCACAAGCACAGACUUCAGUCCAAGUUCUGCUAAAUCUGAGUCUUCAGUGUACACAGGUGAUUCUGGAAACAGUGAGCUAAUACGGAUAGCUCCUGGAGUAGGAACCAUGAGAGACAGCAGGCAGCUUGAUCCUAAUUUGAUUGAGGCACAACGGAAAAAAUUGCAGGAAAUGGUUUCUUCGAUUCAGGCUUCAAUGGACAGACACAUGCGGGAUCAGAAUACGGAGCAGUCGGUGACACAAGACUUCUCUCAAAGAAAACUGGAAGCCGCAAGUUCAUCUAUUAAAACAAGGAGCCCUCAGACUGGUUUGUCUGAAUCCUUUUCUUUAUCAAGUGGCAGCGGACAUCUGAAUGCAGAAACAACUGACAGUAAUAUGUCAAAUGCAGUGGGAACAACAUUCUCCACAAGAUCAAAAGCACAGAAAGGAAAUUCUGUGGAAGAGCCUGAAGAGAUGGAUAGUCAAGAUGCAGAAAUCACUAAUACAUCUGAGCCAAUGGAUCAUUCAUGAAUAGUUAACAACUGAUAAAAUACAAGAGAUUACUGUGCAAAUGUAAUGUUUGUUGGCUGGGCCACAUAAGAUUAGUAAUUGAAUCUUGUAUGUUUCAAAGAUUAUAUCUUACUCAUUGCAUGAUAGCAAGUGUGUGAUAGACAAUAGCUUUUAAUAUGCCAUUUUGCUGCCCAGGUUAGCUCUCAGUUACCUGUAAAUUAGUUAUUAGAAUAUGCACUGGGAUGAAUAUCUGCUGUAGAUGUGGGUUCUUUUUUUGUAAUUUUAUUUCUGUUAAAGUCUUAAUCCUCCAGCCCAUGUGAAAUCAUUAUGUUUCAAAGAUUAAUAUGUGAAAAAAAAUCUGACAAAUGUAGUGUGUUGGUUCCAGCAUAAAGAGGCAUUCCCUUAGAUCUGAACACUUUGCAUCCAUUUAGAAUUUCAGGUUUCUCAAAAACCCACAUAUAUUUAUUGAGAUCUCUUUAAAAGUUGUACAUUUAAAGAAUGAUAGGGCAAAGUGCUAUAUAGUAUAAGAUGAAUCUAAAGCAAAGGUGAUGCAGCAAUGCAUGGCAGACUGAGCCAGCACAGCUUUUUCAUUGCCCCGUUGGCUAGUGAUUGCAUGUUUAAUUUUGAGCUGGUAAAGUACUAUUGUGUGCUUUACAUUGCAAAGGCAAUAGUAUGCAGGUAUUUUAAGAAACUGCAGCAGGCUAAUAAGGAAUUGCUUUUUGUGCAGGAAGAUUUUGAAAAAUAACAGUUGGUUAUCAGUGCUGGCUAUUAACACUUUCUAAGCAUGUUGGAUUAAUGGAAUUUAACAGAAGUUUCAUCAGAUUUUCAGCGAUAUAGUAACAGUUUCUUUUUGACUCCCUGAAAUGGGAAAUCCUUAGUGUUUCACUUUUAUGCAAGUCUUCAUGCAUCACGUUGAUUAAACUGUCAUCCACUUAAACAGCAUAUUCAUCAGAUCUACAGUGCUAUUUUUUACUAAGCAGCCAUAGUAUUUGCUCCGUAAAGAUAGAAUAUUUAUCUUGAUACUGAUGUUGCACUUUUGCCUCUUUGCUUAUUUCUAUUUUAUGUGCAUUAUUACUGCUUCAUCUAAUGAAAAUAAACUUGAAACAGUAAACGACUUAUAAUACAGAAGAGAUACUGAAAAGAAAUCUGAAGUGCUUAGCUAUUGAAGCCAGUGUUUACUCAACAUGCAAGUUUUACCUGGUCCACAAAUACUAAGUUUGUAUUAAUGUUUAUAUUCUGAAAAUAUGCUCACACUUUCUGCAGUUAUAAUCACACAGGAAACCUCUAAGCAAUGCUAUGAUAAAAUGUCCCAAGUAAGGGAAGGUUUAUUUUUUAUAUGGGAAAUUAACCGAAGGUAAAACUGCCUUGGUUCAUUCAACUAUAUUAAUCCAUUCAAACACCCCUUUUGCUUUUCUCAUUCAGGGACUAAAUCUUUUGUUAUUUCAUGCACUGCUUAUAUAUAAAACAUACAAAUACAACUUUCAUAAAUAAAUGAUUUCAAAUA